AUGGCUACGACGACACCACCCCGAUCUCUCCCCUCAGCGAAUCCGUUUACGGCGACAGCGAGGACCUCGACUUUCCGCUUCUACCCUCGCCGCCACCAUUACCCCGCUCUCCAAGCCUGCGCCCAAGCACGAGCGCAAAUACUCAUCUCCCUUCCCGCCGAGACGCAGCAGCCUGAGGCCUCCGCGUUGCCGCCGCCCCGCGCCCUCGCCGCCCACGGAAGAAGCCCGUCGCGCAACACACACCGUAGGCUACCCGUAUCCCGCUCCGCUCUCACUCGACGAGCUCCCGAUGCCGGACCGCGAGGACUAGCCCGGCCGGGCGCUCUUCCGGCUCAAGACAACGGGUGGCACGCGCGAGCCCUUGAAGAAGAAUCCCGCGACGGCCUGCCUUUGCCGCAAGCCCAGGAUCGCAUUCUUCCACUUUCUGAGAGUCAGAGCUCGGGCAUACAUCGAGCGCCUUCCGAUACCCUCGAACUCGAGCAUCCCACCAGCGCAACGCCGGCACCCUUCGAUCAUUUGCGUCAUGCAUUCAUUCACGUCCUCGGUACGUCCUCGACCGCUGAAGCGGAUCCGGGACCUGACCCUAGGUCUGCAUACGCAUCCGCAGGAACUUACGCAGUCCUCGCCGUACCACUAAUCCUCCCAACGGCGCCAUCCCAUCUCAGAUCGAAUAACCAUGCGUCAUUUAUUCGUUCUUCACCAAGCACAAGCACCAGGACACCGCGAGUCUGUCGCGUGCACCACGCCAUCCCGUAUGCGUACGGUGUCAUUCACGUCGUCGAGCACUGA